AUGGCUUCAGAGAACAAACCUACUGUUCUUGUCACGGGUGAGAAAUCUUUGAUACAUUGUUCUUUUGUGAAGAAUUUAGCUUUAAGUGUUGCCUCAGAUAACUUUAGCGGUAUAAGUACACUUAAAGCAAUCGUAAUUUUCUUGUCAGUAUAUAUGCACGAUAAAGGAGGAACCCAUGGAGACAGUCUGUUAGAGGGUCAGAAUAUUUGCCUAGGAUGCUACAGUGUAUAUUUCCUCUUACAGCUUUAAAAACGCAUCAUUUUAUUAUGUGGACUGAGUUUGGGUUCCUGGUUUGGUUAGUUAACCUUCCUCAUCUCAUGUCUUCUCCCCUGCAGCUGCCACGGUGUAGGGAAGGCCGAGUUUGUUGGCAGGGGGGUGGGGGUGGCUGCUACUCCCCAAUUCUCUGUUUUCACCGUCACGCCAUCAAAAAUAAAAAUACAAAAUACAGAAAUACAGAAAGUCCAGAAUCUGGGAAAUGAAAGGAUAAAAAUUAAUAUACAAAAAGCCUCGCUAAGAAUUAGGGGCCCAUUUCUCGAAAGGCUUGGAAACUUUUCAUGCUCAAAGUCAGAUUUAAAAAUCAAAACUAGCCUGCAGUGCAGGCAUUUUCUUCAGGUGCACGAAUGUUUUUGCUUGCAAAAGUGCCAUUUGAAACUAACUUGAAAAGAGAGUAGGUGCUCCCUUUGACUCAUCACAAUGAGUUUGUCAAUCAUUAAUAAUUUUUGCUGAUCAGUCUUUUGGUGUUUCUUAGGAUUUGGUCCCUUUGGCACACAUGAAGUAAACACCAGUUGGCUUGCUGUUCAGGUAUGCUAAAAUUCAGAGAAGAACAAACUGCCAAGGAAAGAUCUGGAGUUAAGGGACAGAAACCAGAUGCAAAGAUUAGCUCAAAUCUUACAGCACCAGUUGUGUACCUACAAAUUAUCCAAAAAUCUUGGAACACUUGUGUGCGUUUCCCCUUUCCAAAUGUUGAUUUGAGUAUUAUAGUGGUCUCAGUGCUUCAAAAUACACAUGGCUCAAGAUUGGGAGGGUGAGGACACUGAUUACAGUGAGAACAAAAGUGUGAGGAGUAAAUCUCAAGAAUUUUCUAGAAAAUUCAAGAGAAGCGGUGUCUGUUUCAACGAUUUGUGACGAGUAUUGUAGUUAGUUCUCUUACCCUCUCCCCCUCCCUCCCCCACCCCUAUCUCCCAUCCAACUCGCUUCAGCAAUACAAAGGCAGAUAUUAGGAUCUGGCCAUUAAUAAUAAUACUGUGUAACUUAUAAAAUAAGUGAAAUAAGUUUAUUUUAUUUAUAGGAACUUCCAGGGACUGACCUUUCCCAGAAAGUGAAUUUAGAAGUAAGGGAAAUUCCUGUGGAGUACGCAGCAGUAGACAAAGAAGUUCCUGCCUUGUGGAAUGAAAUCAAACCGAAGGUGAUAAACUUUACUCUUUGCAUAGGAAGGGUGCCUUAGAUGGGUUUCUUGCCUGUGUGCUAAUGUCUUCUAUAAUCCCUUUGCUACACACAAAAAGGACAUUUAGAUGUCAAUCCCCAGGUUGAGGUAUCAGUGAAUGUAAAGGAUAAAACUACAGAUUACAUAGUGCUGAAUGUCCCGGCUUCUUUUUGCAUACGGAUCUGACUCCUAGCCAUAAUUCUAUGAACAAAGCAACCAGUAAGCUUUGUAGGAGGCUAAACUAGUGUUGUUUUGCUCAGCCCCAAAUUUGGUCGCUUGUUUCCAUUCUUACACCCUCCUAUCUCACUACAUGUGCUUCCACAAGCAAGUUUGUGAUCUAGCAAAGCCCUGUGACACCCAGUGAACUAUAUUUCCCUUUGGGUGACCAGGAAGAUUCCUUUGGUGUACAGUGUAUACUGAUACUUUCUUUAAGCACAGUCCUGUGGUAUUUUAGUCCACCUAAUAUCAUGGCUAAUUCUUGUAAGGCCGUUCAAAAGAAAAAGUUAAUAACAGUUUCUUGCAACUAGAAGCACUUCUGUUCCAUGGCUGAUGUGAUUUAUCCUCUUUGUUGUAUUUUUUUAAAUGUAUUUUUUUUCUAGUUGUGUGUACAUGUUGGCGUCCAUGGUCUAGCAGACUGUGUGCAGUUAGAGAUGUGUGCCCACAAUGAUGGAUACAACAGGCCUGACGAAGGUGGUCAGAAAUGUCACCAAGGCUGCUGUGUUGAAGGUGAUUUGAGGUGUAUCAGUAAUGGCUCAUUGUAGAUUGUUAAGAUCAUGCAAUGGAUAGGUGGUGGUAGCAGUGGGUAUGCUGUGGUAAGAGUGGGUGUACUGUGGUUAUUUUUUGUUAAGAACAUAGGUAAGCGAUGUUAAGAGUGAUGGUUCUAAGUUUUAGAGAGCUUCUCAAAAUGAAAUUGUGUUUAAUCAGGAGCCCUUUACCCAGAGUGAGUAACUCCUUUGUGCCCAUAGCCAUGCAACACUGUUUUCAUGGACAAGUGUAUUUUUACAUGAAAUCAAAAUCUGAAUACCAGAAAAAAGUAUUUCUGAUGUUUGAUAACUUUUGCUUUUCUUUUUUUCAUACAUCAGACUAUGGAUGUGCACACACAUACAAAGUGGUGCUUCCAUUUUUGCUGAAAAAUUACUUCAAAGUGAGGCUAAAAAUAAACUUGUCUGUGAAAAUACUAUUACAUUACACACUUCAGGUUAUGGGCUCCUGGUUUUAUACAUAGUGACCAAUAGGUCAUUCCUGGUUUUAUUUGUUUGUUUUUAGGUGGACCUGAGUGCCUGUCUACUUCUUUAAACCUGGAUAAGAUUUGUUCUGAAGUGAUGACUGCCAAAAGCCCUUGUCUUGUAGGACUCUCAGAUGACGCCGGAAGGUGGAUAUUCUAACUCUUUAAGUUCUUUUAUUGAUAUUCACAUUAUAUAUUCCAAACAUUUUGAAGGUUCAUAAAUCAUUUCAUAAAUUCCUUCUUUGAAUUUUUUUACAGUCAAACCGGCAAAACCGUGAACACUUGAAAUAUUUCAGGAAUGUUUAUAUUGUGUUAUGACCAAUCGCAACAAAUAUUAGGACAUGAGCACUAAAAGCUACAAAACGACAAAGUAAUUAAUGUUCCUCCUUUUGGUUUAGUUUCUCAUGCCCGAUUGGUGAUCAUGAACACGGUUUUCCUGGUUUGACUGUAAGUCAUAUGCUAGGCAGGGGGCCUCCUCUGUGAACUUCAUUGCCCAGCUUUUCCUACCUGCCAUCGACUCGCAUUUUCCUACUCAUUAAUUUGAAGCUUUAGCAUUUCAUUGCAUGACUUUAAACCCAAGGCUGUGCUUUAAGACAAAUUGAAGGGAGCUAAAUCCUUGGAACCCGUGAAAUCUAUGAAAACAAAGUAAUAUUUCCUUGUUCGUUCAAGAGCAAAAUGAAGACUCCAGUGGCUUCCAGGUCCUGUUACAGCACACUGUAGCUCUAUAACCUUAUUUUGCUUUCAAACCUUUAAUUUAUUAGACAUCUUAGAAAUAUUGGUUACUUGAUGUUUACUGGUAAACUUUGCAUUUUUUGUUGUAUCACAGGUUUUUAUGUGAUUAUAUAUACUACAAGUCACUGCAUCUAGGAAAAGGAACUUGUGCUUUUGUUCAUGUUCCACGAGUGGAUUCACCGUACAGUGUUGAAGAGUUGACAGAGACACUGCGACUUAUCAUCUUAGCAAUGGUUAAGGAACUCAGCUAGUCAAACGAAUGAAUCUAACCUAGUUCACAGUAUUCUCUAAGAGUUAAUAGUUAAAAGGAGUUACAUAGAAAUAUUUGGACUUUACCCAUUGUAGUGAAAUAUAGACUCCUAAGACUCAGUCAAAGAG